AUGGGUCCACACGCCCACGCCAGCACAGCGCCCACACUUAUGGCAUUCCUGAAACGGAGCAGGAGUAGCGGCGGCCUCAGGGAACUCUCGCACACGGAGCUCGCCAUAUUCCAGGGCGUGGAGGACGGCGGCACUUUCUUCUCGACCUUGGAGCGCCAGAGCAUAGUCCUGCACCUCCUGCAUUCCCUCAGGGCCACGCAGGAGGAGGCCGUGGAAGGGACGACGUUCAGGGAAGGACAGGCCAUAAUUCCUAAGUUCCAAUCCGAAGGCUUAAUCCAUGGGAUUUUGCCCCUUCACGACUACGAGAAGCUGGAGGCGCUGAGGGUCACGUGGGUUCAGACUUUCUUCAAGUACCAGCCUAUUGAGGCGAUCCAGCAAUAUUUCGGCUCCAAGAUCGCCAUCUACUUCGCCUGGCUCGGGCACUACACCACGGCCCUCACAGUGCCAGCCUUCAUCGGCCUCAUCUUCUGGGUGUUCCUCUGGGGGCGCGACCAAGCCCUCGAGGACGUGGGUUUCGUCAUGUUCGCCUUCCUGAACGUGGUGUGGGCGUCCAUGUGGCUGGAGGCGUGGAAGCGGCGCAGCGCUGAGCUCGCCUACCACUGGGGGACUCUCGACUCCCACGUGGAGGUCUUCUCCGAGCCGAGACCGCACUUCACGACCCAAGAUGAAGAAGGAGAAGAAGAAGCAGCGAGCAAUAAAGAAGGGGCGAAGGAGACACCAGACGCAGGGGGGGCAGCGGGGGCGAGUGACCCCCUGUCAGCUGAGGCCUGCCUGGCAAGGGGCGCCAGCAAGAGCCGCAUUGUCAGUCAGGCGGAAGUGGAAUGCAAUAUGUCAAGGUACGAGGGCACCUUCGAGGACUACCUCGAGAUGUUCAUCCAGUUCGGAUACGUCACCCUCUUCUCGUCGGCCUUCCCUCUGGCGGCGAUGUGCGCUUUCCUCAACAACCUCAUCGAGAUCAGGUCGGACGCCUUCAAGCUGUGCUGCGUGUUCCAGAGGCCCUUCGGACACAGGGCGCAGAGCAUCGGGGUGUGGCAGGAUGCAAUGGAGCUGAUGGGUGUCCUCGGAAUCAUGGUCAAUUGCAUGUUAAUUGGCCUCUCUGGGCAGGUGCACCGGAUGUUCCCCGAGAUGUCGACAGCGCAUACGAUAUUACUCAUUAUUGUACUGGAGCACGCCAUGAUCGCCCUCAAGUACGGCAUCAGCUACGUGAUCCCGGACAUCCCCGCGUGGGUGGCGACGGAGAUGGCGAAGGUGGAGUUCCAGCGGCGCGAGGCCCUCCGCCGCCUCUCCACCUCCAACUCGCCACCGACACGUGAGGAAUCCCAGUCGCCCUCCCCUAGCAGGUACUUGUUCGGGCACUCGAUAACGUCCACCACAGAGUAUGUGGACCGUAGUGCCCAGACGGACCUUAUGUAUUCCAGGAGACGAUCCUUCAAGACGUCGCCGGCCAGCACCAUAGACGAAGACGAGGUUCUGUCUCCCACCGACGUCGAGCCCGAGACCCGCAGCGUGGCGUCGGACGCGGCGGCGACCGAGGCCAGAGCGGCGGCGGCGACGGCGGGAUCCGAGCGCGACGGCCGGAAGGAGGACGACCUGCGCAUGCGCGAGCUCGAGAGCUUCGAGGGCGCGAAGGCGCGGCCGAUCGUGCGCCUCGGCCGCAGCGUGUCGGCGUGCGAGCGCGUGCACCACCGCGUGCCGCGCAUCCACCGCAUCAUGAACCAGGAGAGCGCCGAGUCCAACGACUCGGAGGAGGACCUCCUCGCCAAGCCCUUCGACAGCCUGCCGCUGCUCUCGGCGCCGGCCACCAUGGACAACAAGAACCGGCUGUUCCGGUUCUCGCCGGACAACGAGCGCGUCCUGGGGGGCAUGAAGCCCGCGGUUCGCGCCUCUCGAGAAGCCGGACUUCUCGUACGGGACGCAGCUGUCGUCGCGCUCCGUCGAGUGCGUGUCGGACACGGCGGCGCUGAUCCGCUUCUCGGACGACUCGCGGAGCCACAUCAGCGAGGAGGGCGAGGGCACGCCCGAGCAGAGCAGCAGGUCGCCCACGCCCCCGGCGGAGGAGCCGAAGGAGGCCGGCACGCCCCGCGCCCACUCGCUCGAGCAGACGCCGUCCCCGAGCAAGGAGGAGGCCAAGGAGGGCCCCGCGCGCCGCAAGCCCCCCAUGAAGUUCCUGAAGCGCGCGCAGAGCCUCUCGUACGUGUUCAAGCGCACCAAGCCCGAGAAGAGGAAGAAGGUCAUCCGCGACGACUACGCGGCGCUGCCCACGACGGUGGAGCCGCAGGGCGAGAUGGCGCUCGUGCCCCUCGAGAAGCUCGUGGCCAUCGAGGACAUCCAGAUGCAGCCGUCGCUCUCCAGCUACAGCUGCUACGCCGACUAGGGGCGCCCGCCUCCCUUCUGCCGCGCCGCCGGGGGCUCGUCCUCGGCGGCCCAACAGCUGCUUUUAGAGGACGUCGCAACUGCACAGUUCUUGUGGCCUCGUUAGACGUGUAAAAAAUCAUAAAAUUAAACAAUAAAAAGGAUUAGUCGAGGCUUCAACAUCAUCAAAUCCGGGACGAAGAAAGUAGCUCCUACUAGAUUAGCGGAAUCCGACACGUGUGUUUGUUUAGGCCUUACGCCCCCGCCCGCGCGGAGGGCCAAAUCUAUGGUUACGUCAUCAGUUCGACAGGUGUGGUCAAAGGCACACUCAGUGUUACGCAUAAUUACUUGUUGAUGUAUAAUAUAUAUAAAGCAUAGACAGAGAUACCACAAAAAGAGAACUUUUGUUAUCUAUCUGACGAAUAGAUAAGCCUUUAAUGAAAAAUCACUUACGCUUCUACACAGUUGAUGAUGUGACGUUGUGUGUACAUGAAAUAUGCUAGCAAGUGUGCAUGCGCGUGCGUUGCGUCUUUGUGUACACGUGAACGUAUCUCUGGAGUGUGUGAACAAGCAACAUUGCGUGUGUAUACCAGCCAGACGCCAAGCCGAGACGAAGCGAAUUAGCGUGUUGAUGUAUCUUGCCUCCGUGGUUCGUCCCUUUCUUCUUCGUUCAGUGACUCACGAGCUUUGUAGCGAGUUAAUUGGCUUCGGUGUGUAAAGCUGUGCAUCAAUGGGCUUGCUUUCAUACGGGAGAGAGAGAGAGAGAUGAGAGAGAAGAGAGAGAGAGAGAGAGAGAGAGAGAGAGAGAGAGAGAGAGAGAGAGAGAGAGAGAGAGAGAGAGAGAGAGAGAGAGAAGAGAGAGAGAGAG